CGGCCCCGCCCCGCCCAUGGUCCCAGCCACUGCGCCCGGAGGUUCACAGUCCUGCCUUGCUCCGCCACCUGAGCCUUUGCCGAUGGCCCCGUACGAAGAAGUGAGAGUGUCGGGCUUCGAGGAGUUCGGCAAGGCUGUGGAGCAGCACAAAGGCAAGACCAUUUUCGCCUACUUCACCGGUUCCAAGGACGCCGAAGGGAAAAGCUGGUGCCCCGACUGUGAACAGGCUGACCCAGUGGUGCGCGAAGGGCUGAAGCACAUUAAAGAAGGAUGUGUGUUCAUCUACUGCCAAGUAGGAGAGAGACCUUAUUGGAAAGAUCCUGAUAAUGACUUUAGAAAAAACCUGAAACUAACUGCAGUACCUACAUUGCUUAAACAUGGAACAGCCCAGAAACUGGUAGAAUCUGAGUGUCAUCAGGCCACCCUCGUGGAAAUGUUGUUCUCCGAAGAUGAGUAAUUGAUGAUGGCAAUUGUAUUGAUUUCCUGACUUUCUCUAUCAACUUGUACAGUUGUUUCGAAUUCAUGUUAAUGAUGUGAAAAAUAAUGGCAGUAUGGCUAAACAGUGCUAUUAAAAUCCUCACAAAUCCUUAAUUUACUUGUACUAUAAGGAUCCUUUUAGAUGUAAAAUCUUCAGAAAUGACAGUGAUGGUGCAACGCAAUAUAUUAUUGGAGAUAAAUUCUAAAAGUCUCCUUAGUGCAAAAGACAGCUUCCAAAUCUCUGAAAAGGUUACCACUGGCUUGCAAGGCAUAUGCUCAAGCCCACUGAACUCUCUGACCCCAUCGUUUUACAGAUUUCUGAACGUGUUUCACCAUCAGAUGUGUGUGUGUAAAACAAGUUGGAGACUACAUAACCUAGUAAUUAUGAAGAACUGGCCCAUGAGUCAAUCACACUGACUACCACUUACUAGCUGUACAACUUUAAGCAAGGUACUUAACCUAUCGAAACCUCAGUUUCCUUUUUUCUUUUUUUUUCUUUUUGGGUCACAUUCAGUGAUGCUCAGGGGUUACUCCUAGCUCUGCACUCAGGAAUUACUCCUGGUGGUGCUCGGGGGACCAUAUGGAAUCCUGGGGAUUGAACCUGGGGUCAGUUGUGUGCAAGGCAAAUGCCCUACCCGCUAUAGUAUCGCUCCGGCCCAGUUUCCUCCUUUAUGAACAGAACUAUUUUGAAAAUGAGAAUGCAGCUAAGUAAUUAGUAUAGUGGGCAGGUUGGAGCAUAUGCCGAGUGUUAGGUUUCUAGAAUGAGCACAGGUAUUUAUGGCUCCUCUUUUGUUCUAGCCUCAAGUCAAGAGUUACAUUAGUAAUCACUAAUCUCCUCCCUGUCUUCAGUCACUUGAUUCACAUACCAAAGAUGCUUCCUUAAAGCGUUAUAAGCAAAGGUCUGUUCUCUCUGGCAAUACCUGCUGAUUUUAACAGGCCUCUGCUCUUCUCAUUCUUUAGUUAAGUGGAGGGAGGGAAGGACAGAGGAAGGGCUGCUGAUAGGAGUGAAGAGUAGUAAGAUUCUGAGACUGACUUCCCUCAAGUCUCAUUUACAUCAAGAAGAAAGUUGGGUGUAUUUGUUGGCUGUCCCCUUACUCCAUCCCUCAUAACUCAAAUUAAUGUAAAUCCCCCAACAUUAGUGUUUCAUUCUGCUAAAUACUAAUAAAAACAAAUCCAAAGGAAAAUCAAAGAACAUUUCUGAUUUAACAGAAAUAAUUAUUAACAAUAAAAAGU